AUGUCCGCCGAUACAAUGAGUCAAGUUCUGCCGGAGAAGAAACGAAAACACAAGAACAAGGAGCACUCACCCUCCAAAAAGCGUAAGCACGCAGUCACAGCCUCGGAUGACCUCGAUGUGACCCUGCCCGACGCAGACGCCAUCUCCUCCUCUCCCACAACCCCAAAGCAAAGUCAAACGCCAAAAGCUUCUCAAGCAACCGUGACUGCAGCAACGGUCAAAUCAGACCCCGGAUCGCCAUUCCGCCUUAUCAAUGCGACUCUGUACCUGCCGCUCUCUCCCAUCUCGAUAUCCCCCACCCAUGCGCAAGCCUCACUCGUAACAGAACAUCUCGCACCGCUUCUUUUGACUUAUUACCCUCCCUUCAAGGGCAUCGUGCUCGCCUACUCCAAUGCCUCAAUAUCAAGCACCCCGCCCACAACACCGGGCCAAGUCAACGCAGGUGGCGACGAUAACUCGGAUAUUCCGAAGCCGCUAACUCUGGCACUAACCGCCAACGAAUACGGCGUUCUGUAUCUCUAUCUUACCGCUACAUUCCUGGUCUUCAGCCCGCAAAAGGGCCAGAUUCUAGACGGCUGGGUGAACGUGCAGUCUGAAGGGUUCCUGGGUGCGAUUGCCUAUAACCUGUUUUCCGUAGGCAUUGAGCGGAAACGAGUGCCCAAAAGCUGGAAAUGGAUCCCGCCGGGCGCCAAUGGUGAUGAGGACGAGGACGACGACACGGCUAGUGUGUCCAGCAAGAAUCGUAAAAAGGGCUAUGUAUCCGCGACGUCGGGAGAUGAGGACAGCGGCAAUAAGAAGGACAAUAAGCUAGACUUCAACCCGGAAAAGGAACUCUUCACUCCUCUCCCCAAAGCAGUUACGCGCAAACCCAUCCCUACCGAUAACACGCUGGAAGAUGGACAGGAUGAUGAUGAGGAUGAAGAUGACCCCAAUACAACGGGGUAUUUCCAGAGCGUGUCUGGCCAUCGUGUGCGAGGAACGAUCCGUUUCCGUGUCCGCGAUGUCGACGUUAUUCCGGGCGCGGAUCCGGAUCGUGGAUUCUUAAGUAUCGAGGGUACUAUGCUUACGCCUGAGGAAGAGGCGCGACUCGACGAGCUGGAACGCUCUGGUCCUGUUCUAGCACACAGGCACCGGGAUCUGACUGCCAUGAGCGGUGGUAUUCCGACAACGCCCCAGGUCAAUGUUGCAGAGAAUAGGGUAGCGGAAGAGACGCCAAAGACGAAGGAGGAGAAGAAGAAGGAGAAGAAGAAGAGCAAAGAAAAGAGCAAGUCGAAGUCGAAGGAUUAG